AUAAAUAAUAGGGUUUCACAGUCAUCAUAACACGUCCUUAUCUUUUUUUUUUUGUGGUAUUUUCCUACACGGACUCAAAUAAGCGCAACACCCACGGUUUCCUAGCAACCAAUCAACAACCAUGGCAAAAUUUGUGCUUGCUGGUAAAACAGAUUGUCCACAUUUCGCCAAAGCGGAACUGUUAGCAGACAGUUUGCAGGGAUCUCUGCCAAACUUCAGCAUCCAUAAGAUCUCCAUCCUCCCACAUGAGUGGAAGGACUGGCUGGAGGUCACCUGCAAGAGAAAUGGAUGGACACACGAGCAGUCCCCUUUGGUUUGGAGGGAGCUGGUGGACCAAGGUGGGAAAGAGAUGCUCUUAGGAGGCUUCAGUGACUUCCUAGAGCAUUGUCAGGACUACUACAACAUCACAUCAGACAUGCCUACGGAUAUGAUGCUGAGUGUUGCAGCAGAGAAUCGGGAAACCAAGAUGAAUGUUAUUGCAGAGGAGCAGCAUCGUGCCAGUCUCAUCAAACCCUUUCACAUAUGGAUCAGCAGUGCUCUCAGCCCAACCUGCCACUUCCUGAUCCCCAAUCUGCUCUCUGCUGAGGUGUUCCCCAACAUUUCCGCGAUCAGCCUCCACCUACUGGACCUGGAGGUGUACAAGGAGGAGUUGCAGUGGCUGAGGAUGGAGACGGAGGACCUGGCGCUCCGUCUGCUCCAUCAAGUGACCAUUCACACAGAUCUGAAACAGGCCUUCCAAGAAGCAGAUGUCAUUCUACUGCUGGAUGAGAGGUACUCUGAUGACACUGACGGAGAGGAUGAAGAGGAAAUGAAGAAGAAAAAGGUGAAGUGGAUCUCAGACAGGUACAGAGUGUAUGGACAACUGAUUGACACAAGAGCCAAAAAGGAGGUGAAGGUGAUUGUGUCUGGUGACUCAUUAGUCAACCUGAGAUGCUCACUUCUUCUGGAAAACGCGCGCUCCAUCGACAGCCACCAAUUUGUCGCCAUGGCAACUCAGCUGGAGAAUGAAGCCAAAGCCAUCAUUGCGAAGAAGCUGAAAGUGAGGACUCCAGAUAUUACAGAUGUCAUUGUGUGGGGAAACAUCAGUGGUAGUUUCUACAUUGACCUGCAGAUGGCGAAGGUUUUCAACUAUGAUGGGGCAAUCAAAGGACCACCUUUUUUUUCCCAACCAGCCAAAAACCUUCUCUAUGAAAGGAAAUGGUUGGAAACAGACUUUCAAGACUUGGUAUGUUGUCAGCGUGCAGCUGUGGCUUCAAAGACCUGCCGAGCAGCUGCCAUGUCGGUCGCCAAUGGGAUCCUCGCUGUCCUAAAAGCUUGGAAUGGCAUCUGUAGUCCAGAUGAGGUCUUCUCUAUGGGUGUACUUUGCCCAGGCUACUACAAUCUCCCGGAUGGCAUCGUCCUCUCAAUCCCAGUAACGUUCACAGACGGUAAAUGGUCGGCGCUGUUUGACGUGACUGUUGGAGACGAGCUGAAGAAGAGACUUCAGCUUUCUGCAAGUGAACUAACGCAGGAAAAGGAACUCGGAUCAGAAAAUGUUCAUUUGCAUAUCGACAACACAGACUGAAAACACAGACUGAAAACACAUGAUAAAAGUUGGUUAAAAUGAUAAAAAGGAAAUAAUCCAGAUACAUUUCAGUAUACAUCAUAAGUUUGUUUCAGUUUGUUCUUUUAUUCUCUUACUGUCACAUGUGGUGUUGCACUUUUAUUUUUACCAGUUUAAUGACAAUAAAUCUUUUCCGCUUUGUGAAACUC